AUGGACGGCCUGCGUGCUGCCAUGUACCCGCUUCCUGAGGAGGCACUGCCGGCGCUGGCUGUGGCCUUUCGCGAAAGCAGUGCGGAUGACUUUCCAGGGCACCUGCGACUGAUGCUGGCGGGCGCUGGCGUGCCGGAAGCUGCUUCUCUAUCGGACCUCGAGGCACGUCGCAUUUAUGAGAAGCUCCUCUACCUGCAGAGUUCUCUGCUACCGGCCGCGGUCGACACGCGGCCUACCCUGGGCCACGUGGGCUCGGCGCAGCAGCGUGCCGUUGGAAGACUGCUGACGUUCGAUGCCGGCCUCGUUGACGCUCUCUACCAGCUUGCUGCCUGCGUGCGCUGCGGUCGCCAAGUUCUCGGUUGCAUGGACAUCGCCCCCGACCUCAGCUUGCUCCUGUGCUGCGACUCCGCUGCUGUCAAGAUCUUUCCUAUCUUGGCUCCGCGGCACAAUGAUGAUGGGCGUUCUCUCUUAUUUGUGGAGACCCGUGUGCUGCGGUUCAUGUCCUUGGCCGUGGUGCACUGGCGCGCCUCCUUCGAUGGCUUCGGACGCAUAUGGGCUGCUCUACAUGCGCA